CCACAAUCCCAGUAUCCCACAUUGCAAAUCACGCGAGUACGUGGCACUUCACCUAACAAUGUGCAAUGCCUGGCCGCGGGCUAUAUAUGUGUGUUAACCUCGACGACUUAAUUGCCAGUUAAUUAAGCUAGCUUGUGUCAGCUCACCAAUUAAGUGACCACUGUACUAGCUCGAACGGGUGGCUAAUUGUGUACUAAUGAUGCGGUUGAUCAUGACGGCGGAAUCAGCAGCAGUGUCGGUCUUGUGGUUAUGCACCAUGGCAAUCGUGUGUGCCGGUUUCCCUGCCAACGAUGGGUCACUGCACCCCAACUUCUACGCGGCGACGUGCCCGCAGGCGGAGACCAUCGUUCGCCAGGAGGUCACCCGGGCCCUCUACACCAACAUCGGCUUCGCUGCCGGCCUCGUCCGCAUGCACUUCCACGACUGCUUCGUCAGGGGGUGCGACGGGUCGGUGCUGCUGGAGUCGACGUCGGACAACGUCGCGGAGAGGGACUCGCCGAUCAACAACCCGAGCCUACGCGGCUUCGAGGUCAUCGACGCCGCCAAGGCUCGGCUGGAGGCCGCCUGCCCAGGCGUCGUCUCCUGCGCCGACGUCCUCGCCUACGCCGCCAGGGACGGCGUCGCGCUCACCGGGGGCCCCCGCUACGACGUCCCGGGCGGCCGGAGGGACGGCACGGCGUCGCUCGAGCCGGAGGUGGCGGACAACAUCCCGGCUCCGACGUUCACGCUGGACCAGCUCACCCAGAGCUUCGCCGCCAAGGGCCUCACACAGGAGGAGAUGGUCACCCUGUCCGGCGCGCACACCGUCGGCCGCGCGCACUGCACGUCGUUCAGCGACCGCCUCUACAACUUCAGCGCGACGGGCGCCGCCGACCCCAGCGUCGACCCGGCGUUGCUGCCGCAGCUCCGCCGCGCGUGCCCGGCCGCGGGACCCGACGGCGCCGUGGACGCCGGCCUCGUCGUGCCCAUGGAGCCCCGCACGCCCAACGGCUUCGACGCGCUCUACUACUGGGCCGUGCUACGCAACCGCGCCCUCUUCACCUCCGACCAGGCGCUGCUGUCCAGCCCGCCCACCGCCGCGCAGGUCAGGCAGACCGCGUACGGCGGGUACCCGUGGAAGCUCAAGUUCGCCGCCGCCAUGGUGAAGAUGGGGCAGAUCGAGGUGCUCACCGGCGGCAGCGGCGAGAUCAGGACCAAGUGCAGCGCCGUCAACUGAAAGAUUCAUCGUCUGCUCAUCUCAGUUUGCUGUCUUGCUCUUGCUUGUGUGGAAGUAGAAAUAAUUUGUUGCGAACGAGCUAGCAAGCUCCUAUCUCUGCUAUGCCACUUUGCUUUAAGGUGUGUUUGAGAAUAAGGGGAUUGGGGAGAUUGGGGAGAUUGGGAAGAUACGCAAAACGAGGUGAGCCAUUAGCACAUGAUUAAUUGAGUAUUAACUAUUUCAAACUUCAAAAAUGGAUUAAUAUGAUUUUUUAAAGCAAUUUUCCUAUAGAAAUUUUUUUAUAAAAAACGCACCGUUUAGUAGUUUGGGAAGCGUGCGCGCGGAAAACGAGAUGCUUUUCUCUCUCAAUCCCCCAGAUCGCCCGGAACGAACGAAGCCUUAGGCUGCGUUCGUUUGUGUGAUAUAGGGU